AAACAAAAGAAAAAAAAAAAUGCUAGUGUCCCUAGUCCCAAGCAUCCAGAACAAUCAAGAAAACUGAACAUUCAACGUUAGUUGGCAGCAACACAUCAACUUUUUCUUUUGAUCCAAUCGAUUCGAUCCCAAUGGCAUCAUCAACAUCAACUACAGUUCCACCAUUUGCUCACUCGAUCUUCAAAUCCCAUAUAGUUUGUAAAAAUCCACGAAUAUGGAGCACCACAAGAAGAACCAAAAAUGCCAGUAGUAGUGUACCAAUACCAGAGACACGACGACUCAUUUGUAUUCGUCUUCUUAUACUACCUCAUCAUCUUCAUCUUCGUCAUCUUUCUCCUCAAAUUCGCCAUCGUAAUCUUCUUUCUUGUCCUCCUUUACCUCCUUUGCUUCAACCUCGUUCACCUCUCUUCUCAACUCCUAUGUCCUCCUUAGCCGAUUCCAACCCCUCCAACACUAAAACCGUAAGAGUGGUGGUGAAGGGGAGGGUUCAGGGAGUGUUCUAUAGGAACUGGACAGUGGAAAAUGCGACUGAGUUGGGUUUGAAGGGUUGGGUUAGGAACCGGAGGGAUGGGUCAGUGGAGGCACUGUUCUCUGGGAGUCCUGAUAAGGUUCAGGAGAUGGAGAAUCGGUGUCGGAGGGGCCCGCCGGCUGCGAUGGUCACUGGUCUUGAGGUUGUUCCUUGCAGUGAUGACCCCGGCACCCGGUUCGAACGCAGAUCAACUGUUUGAUCAAAUGGUUAGCUGACACUGGCUAAGGAAAGAUUGAUAGUAUUAGUGAACUAGUAACAGUAUUAUCCCUAAUCUUUUGCUUGUUGGGGUAUUUUUAAUCUGAUUCUCUAUGUAAAUUUUCAUGUUUAUAGAAUUUUAUACUCGUAUUGAGAACAUAUUUGGAAGUUACUGAUUAUUUUAUUUAAUAAUAUGUUCCGAAUGACCUUGAUGGA